AUGUUGAGAUUUAAUGCAGGCACUUUAGCUCUGGGAAAGCACAAGAAAGGCACUGAAAAGUGGGGGAAACGGGAUGAAUCACCAGACGAAGAGGAGAGGACCAGUUUUCUCAACCAGCUUCUCCUGGAUAGAGUCCUUCAUGGCCCAGAGGAUACUAAAUCCCUCCUCCACAGGCUGAUCUUUCUGGCUAAGAUCUCACCAGACCUGGCUGAUAAAAGAUAUUUGGCCGAGUACUGGGAACAACUGUUUCUGAAUUUGCAACGCCAGUAUUGUCAGGGAGUAGGGGUCACCGGCCUCUUGCUUCUCUACCCUACCUACGUUAUACACAUACUAGAGUCAUCCAGUGAUGUGCUCUACUCUGUCCUAAGGGAUCUGAGGGACAUUGAAGAGCAGAAGAGAGUGCUAGUCCUGGAUGCCAAGAUCCUGGUUAUGUCCCACAAUCUUCCUGCUCGACUCUUCCCACAGUGGAGUUAUAAAGUGUUGAAUCUACCGGAGAGAUACCUGAACUAUGAGACUUUUCAUGAGGAGCCGGUGGAGGCUACCAUUUCUGAAUGCCUCGCUACACUCUUGAAAUUGGGCAAACAUCUGCUAAGGUAUCCCAAGAGCCCUAAGAACUUACCAGACCAUUUUUUGGAAAAAGUCCCAGAGUUCAUUGUUUCCCAAGACACCAUUGGUUUCCUCCUGGAGUGUCAAGAGUUAUUGAAACCAGCUCAGUUCCUGCAUUUAUUUGAAUCUCCUCUGAAUAUCCAGAUGGACUCAGACAGCAUGUAUCCUUUGUCAGAUCGGUUAAAACUCCAUCUUGAUUGGGCUGCUUUGAAGGAGGUUUUGAAGGAAAAAAAGUCUUUGUGA